CCGAACGCAACUGUAAACAUACUGCUUUCAUAGAAGUGGUGAGGUGAUGCACAUGGAUAUCGUAAAAUCACUAAACGAUUUAUAUAUUAUUUAUAACACAAAUAACCUCACUGUUUGACAGAGACUAACACAUGCGUCUUCAAGAGUUGUUUGUCGGCGAUUCGCAACAUUGAAUAUGUAUAGCGGACUACUCCCGUCGGGUCUCACUGAGGCUGAUUUGAGCUCUGAAGAUGAUGGUGAUGUUAGAGAGACAGAAACAAAUGAGCACCUAUCACCUCAGUCAAGCACAGAGACACACCCAGCAUGUGUACAGCUUGAAAGUAACGUUAACAGGACUACUGAUUUGCAAACUGAUGCAUUGUGUGAUGAUGAUUGUCCUCCUGGAGUCUCCCUGGACAAAUGGCAAAGAUUCAAAGAGCUCCAGAGAGCAAAAUCUGAUCAGAGAGUAAAGCAACCAAAAACAAAACGACAAAGAAAAAGACGACACAAAAAACGUGGGACUCAAACACAAAACGAUGAUGCAGAGCAGAAAAGAAAGCUGGAGGAAAAGGAGGAAAACUGGAAGGAGCUCACGCAGUUUUUUGGCAUGAAGGAUAAAUUCGAGCCUCCUCCUUGCAACAGGCCUCCUCCCAAGUCAGGCCUGGAAAAGAGCAUAGAGAGCGCCAUCGCUGAAGGGGACUAUGGGACGGCGGAAGAACUGAGUGACAGACUUGCUACUCGAGAGCUGGGCGUGAAAAUCGCACAAGCCGCCGACUGCCGCGACUUCACCCGGUCCAAACGGGAAGCAGAGGCUUCCCAGGCAGCCCGAAAACGGAGAAAGCAAAUCGCUUGGGGGUUCGAAGCAAAGCAAAGAUGGGAAACCAAAAGCAACAUGGGAUUCAUGUGAUCAUUUCAAAUAUAGUUUAAUUUUUCAGUGAAUCAGUUUUUGGUCAUUCAGUUUUGUGGGUCAUUUAAUAAGUAGGAUUAUUACUGUCAGAUUGGCAUUUACAUUAUUGCGUGUAUUUGGGUUCUUUUUCUCAUAAUUAAAUCUGGCACACACAGCGUUUAUUUACCGGAGUAAGUGGGUUAAUCAGAAGCCGCCUUUUCUUCCAUGGAGGUAUGGAGAGAGGGAAGAGAAAGGAGAGAUUAAGAGCCUAAUGCAAUGUACAGGAUAAUAUGCAAUAGGAUUUGCCUAGGCAAAAUGAAAUUUGUUGGCUGUAAGGAGGUUUGAGCAGUCAUAAACGCCGACUUUAGUCGGGUCUGAGUGUAAGAUGAGCGUGUGUGAGGAAAAGAGAAUAAGAUGGAGAGCAGCGCGUGUAUGACACUGACCUGUGGUCAGUGCUUUUGGUUGCACAUUCUCAUGAGCUGUCAGAUAAGAACCAGUAAAACUUUCUUAACGUGAAAUGUAUAUAAUAUUUAUAGUUAUGAAUAAAUGUAAUUAUUUUAAAUGAUAGUUUGCCCAAAACUCACAAUGGAUUGGAUUAUUAUUUACUCAUAUUCACAAUACUGUAUGACUUUUAGGAAUGUUUAGAGUUUUUUUCCAUGUAGUAAAAAUGAAGAGAACAAGGGGCUUUUUUGGCUUCAAGAACAUGAUAAUACUAGUCUGUAUGACUUGUGUGCUAUAUUUCAUUUAAAACCAUGUAAUAGAUUUGUGUGUACUGUGUUUGAUAAAUAUAGUUUUGGUAGCCAAGGUCACUGUUCAUCUUCCAUGUGUAGUAAAUAGCAUGUUGGACAUUAUGCUAUAAGGAAAAUUCCGCAGAGGAAUGUUUGGAAAGACAUGGGGAUGAGUAAAUAACAAAAAAGGAGUAGUUUUGUCAUUAUAUUUCUUAAUACACCCGAGUACCUUUCUUUUCUAAACAUCCCUCCCACUUUCACGACCCUGUUUGGUACGAGUGAGCUCUGUAGUGGGAAUGUAGCAGCUCACUCUAUUGAUUUAUUCUCUGUUGGCCUGAGGCAGAGACAUCUGUAAUUUUAGGGCUUUGCCACCCUGACAACAGCCAACUGACAACUGUAGCACAAACUUGUCAGUGCUGCCUUAAGGCAAUGCAGUCAGCACGGAGACAUCUUACUAAAGAAAAAAUCUGUUGUAAAUGCCAUCUUUAUUACAUCAGUCAAAUUGUGGUUUGCGAUCAUCAAUAAAUAAAGCUUUGGAAGAUUG